AUGGGAGAUCACACUUGCAUUCGAAAUGAUUUUGCUCCAGUUGCUAUCCCAUCACCGCCUCCAUCGGCAGGAUUCGAUUCAGAUCGAUUCAUAGAGGCAAAGGGUGGCCGGGGUCCUCCCCCGGCCAUAGACCCCUCUGCUGCAAACCGAGCAUUCUUGCAGCCGAAUAUGCCGACACCAGCUAACAGUGUCCAUUUGUCACCUCUUCCUACUAGUCCAGCACCGCAUGCACUGCGCCCGUCUCAUCCGACCGGUGAUUCCGAGGACAACUUGGAUACGGUCUUUUCAUUCCCCAUGCCUGGAAAUAGGUCGCCGACUGAAAUCAGGACACCAAGUCCAAUGACAAAUCGGAAUCCGAUUCAAUCACGUCCACCAGCCUUGUCUCCGGGACUAGGAGUCAGUUUAAGGCCAGAGAAUAUACAGCUUCCACCUAGCCCAAUGCCACCAAAGUCCCCAGAGCCAAAUCAUCGCAGGGAGGACUCGACGGUGAGCCACAGCAGCUACCGGUCGUCUUUCGCCAGCAGCCGCUACGGUGAUUCCACAACGAGGUCAUCAGCAAACAGCCUCUCGCGUGGUUUCCAGUCAUUUAUGGACGAUAUACCGCCAGUGCCGGUGGCACCUCUCCGCGCCUCUAAGAAUGCUUCUUUCCCUCGUGACUCUGACGCCUCGGCGAUUUCAUCCCGGAUUAGCAAGGAAGAAGCCAAUGGAUUCGACUUUGGUAUUCCUACAGCCCAAAGCCCGAUUGCCGGACUACAUGAUCUCCCGGAGGAAUCCCCUCUAUUCCAGGAUCGUACUGAAUAUAUCGCUUUCCGUCCUGGACAACACCAGCUCCACCCCGCGACAGCGGCAACGGAGCCAGGUAGCGAUGCGCCAAGGAAAGGCUCCAACGCAAGUACAGCAAGUGCAUUUUCUGUCACUAGCUUCGCCCGGGCUCUCGGUCUGGACGAUGAAAUGAAUCACUCUGAAAGCUCGGGCUCUGAUUCAUCCCGUUCCGAUACCCGCAGUGGUAGUUCUAUGUCCAGCCUUCCCUCCGAUGCUAGCUUCAACCGAUACAAACCAGUCGAACCGCUCAAUCUAUCACCCUUGGCCGAAGAAAUGCCUGGCCGGACCCGACAGACGAUUUUAGAAAUACCCAGUCGUGUACCGAGCGCCAUAGGAGGUGUCCCUCCUAUCCCGGCUGCUUUCUUCAGUCCGGAUUCACCUACCGACCCUUCAAUUAACAAAGGUGGUGUAUCGUUGAUUGCAGAGAGGAAAGAAAUCCCCCCGAGUCCGACUCCAACACAACCAAAACAAUCCAUCCCCCGAAAGUCACCACCACAACGCUCAUUCACAGCACCCAUACCACUCCCCAAAACACCAACAACACCAACCCGGUCCUCUACUGGACGUUCAAAGGGGCAGUGCAAAGGCUGCAAUGAGACGAUCACAGGAAAAUCGAUAUCAUCCUCAGACGGCCGUCUCACAGGCCGAUAUCACCGAGGCUGUUUCGUUUGCUUCGAGUGCCACUCUCCCUUCCAAACAGCCGAUUUUUACGUCCUCAAUAACAAACCCUACUGCGGACAACAUUAUCACGAGCGCAACGGGUCCCUUUGCUCCGGUUGUCACAUCGGCAUCGAGGGCCACUACCUAGAGACAGUCGAUCGGAAUCCUGCACGACCAGAUCGCCGUCGAUUCCACCCACAGUGUCUACAGUGUCGUACAUGUCACGUCCUUCUCAAAGGUGACUACUUCGAGUGGAAUGGCCAAGUCUUCUGCGAAAGAGAUGCUCGCCGAGCCGCAGCCUCUCAACAUCCACCACUGCCUUCCGGUCCUCCUGGUCCUCCUGGUCCCCCUGGGCCCCCUGGUCGUCGUCGGCCUACAUUGGCUUCAUCUCCACUGGCCCAGUCUGGUCACUUCCCGCCGGGCUCGUACCCUCCGCCUGGCGGAAGACCAGGUCCUGGAUAUGGACCUCCACCUGGGUCUGGGCCUGGACUCCACCCCGGUGCUCGAUUCCCUCCUGGAGGUGGAGGUAGGUUCCCUGAACGACGGACUACUAGGCUCAUGAUGGCUUGA